GAAAAUAAGAGAAUUAAUAAAAAUUACUUUACAAAGUAAUUGAAAAAAGCGCAAAUAUUGUUUGAAAGCUGCCAAAGAAACAAAGAAUAAAAUUAAGAAAAACACAAAUUUAAAUGACGAAAAUGAGACCAACAGAGGUUAAACUUAAUAAUGCUCCCGAGGAUUUAAUAUCUACAGUUAGAUUUGGUCCCAAAUCCAAUCAAUAUCUAAUAGCCUCAUCUUGGGAUGGCACCGUGCGUUUCUAUGAUGUAGUCAACAAUGCGGUAAGGCAGAAAUUUGUACAGGGAGCGCCGCUAUUGGAUGUAACAUUUAUGGAUGUGGUCCAUGUGGUAAGUGGCUCUUUGGAUAAUCACUUGCGUUUAUAUGACGUUAAUACCCAUACAGAAAAUAUAGUGGGUUCCCAUGACGAACCUAUACGUUGUGUAGAACAUGCUGAAUCAGUGAAUGGCAUUUUGACCGGCAGUUGGGAUAAAACUGUUAAACUAUGGGAUAUGCGCGAGAAACGCUGUGUCGGCACCUAUGAGCAGGGCAAUGGUAAAGUCUAUUCUAUGUCGGUGAAUGAUGAGAAAAUUGUGGUGGCCACCUCUGAUCGUAAGGUCUUAAUAUGGGAUUUACGUAAAAUGGAAGAAUACAUGAUGAAACGAGAAUCCUCUUUAAAAUAUCAAACACGCUGUAUACGCCUGUUCCCCAAUAAAGAAGGCUAUGUUAUGUCAUCCAUCGAGGGCCGUGUAGCAGUUGAAUAUUUAGAUCCCGAUCCAGAGGUACAAAAGCGUAAAUUCGCCUUUAAGUGCCAUCGCAAUAAACAAGACACCGUAGAACAUAUUUAUCCCGUUAAUGCCAUUAGUUUUCAUAAUGUUUACAACACGUUUGCCACCGGUGGUUCUGAUGGUUAUGUCAAUAUCUGGGAUGGUUUUAAUAAGAAGCGUUUGUGUCAAUUUCAUGAAUACGACACAUCGAUUUCAUCACUUAAUUUCAGUCAUGAUGGCAGUACUUUAGCCAUUGCCUGUUCUUAUAAUGAUGAGUUGGAUGUACCGCCAGCUAGUGUACCCAAUCCGGUAAUCUAUGUGCGUUAUGUUACUGACCAGGAAACAAAACAAAAGUAAAUUUUGGUAUUUAUUUGAAAAUGUUGUACUUUUACAUGUUCUUUUAAGAUUUUUUUAAGUAAGAUUUAAUAAAAUUUAAUGUAAAAUU